GUUAGGGCUUAAGGGGCGACGCCAGAUAAUUUUCACAGCCUAAAUCCCUCUCUUCCCGCCGGAGUUCAGUCACUAGAAUAGCAUAAUAAUGGCGGAGACGAACAAUACACCGGCGGCCAACAAUGAAGCGUCUCCUAAUAUGACGAUCUACAUCAACAAUCUCAACGAGAAAAUCAAGCUCGACGAGCUGAAGAAAUCGCUGCACGCGGUGUUCUCGCAAUUCGGGAAGAUAGUGGAGAUAUUGGCAUUCAAGACUCUGAAGCACAAGGGGCAAGCUUGGGUUGUCUUCGAGGAAGUUCAGUCUGCUACGAGUGCUAUGAGGCAAAUGCAGUCCUUCCCCUUCUAUGAUAAGCCCAUGAGAAUACAGUACGCGAAAACUAAGUCUGAUGUUAUAGCAAAGGCUGAUGGAACCUUUGUUCCACGAGAAAAGCGGAAGAGGCAUGAAGAAAAAGGUAAAAAGAACAAGAAGGAACAACAUGAUCCAAAUCAAAUGGCAAUGGGUCUCAAUCCAGCUUAUCCUGGUGGCUAUGGGGCAGCACCUCCUUUAUCACAAAUACCAUAUCCUGGUGUGAGAUCACUGGUCCCUGAAGCACCAGCACCACCAAACAACAUUCUGUUCAUUCAGAAUCUUCCAAAUGAGACAACUCCAAUGAUGCUCCAGAUGCUGUUCCAGCAGUACCCUGGUUUUAAGGAGGUGAGAAUGGUUGAAGCCAAACCCGGGAUUGCAUUCAUCGAGUAUGGAGACGAGGCUCAGUCGACUGUGGCAAUGCAAGCGCUGCAGAGUUUCAAGAUACAGCAGAACCCCAUGCUGAUUACUUAUGCUAAGAAGUAAAAGAGAAUGGUGAUCUUCCCUUUAUCAAAUGCCUUCCUCAGUGGAAGAGUAGAGAGAUGGUUAUUAGUUAGAACCCUUACAGGAGGGAUGAAUCCAUGUAACUUAUUGUUUCUUGCAUCAGUUGCAUGGAGACAAUUGAUUGAGGGUUUGGUCUUUCCAUGAGAGCCAGGUGCCAAGCCCUUAUCCUGUGAUUGGUCUAAGGGGUUCGAUGUAGUUUAGAUGAUAGAAUCAACAUUUGGAUUUUGGAAUGAGAGAAACUUAUGUAAUAGUAUGAUUAUGUAAUCGUAAUUUUGAUCUGUCAGUUCAAUAGGCAUAAAUAUUUUGAUUGUGUGAUCAGAAUCUGUCUAGGAUGGAAUUGAAAACAAAAGAACAAUGAAAUCAGAAUUUGGAU